AUGGUCUACCGUGGCAAGCCCAGUGCAGGAUGCGACGUCUGCCGUGUCAGAAAAAUCAAGUGCGAUCAAGGUCGACCGACCUGCUCACAAUGCCGGGCGGCCACUCGGACUUGCCCCGGAUACCGUGAUCAACUCUCAUUAUUGUUUCAAAAUGAAACUGCCACUGUAAUCCGGAAAGUGAAAGGUGCCGGUCUAGGGUCCUGUGAGAGCUCUACGGAACCGUGCACUGAGCACUCUGUCGAGAAUCGGCACAGGAGACCGACGCGAGGCAAAUCUGGCCGUCAGGUCAAUGAUAGCAUGUGCAGUGAUCAAUGGACUUACAAAUACCCACUACCAAUCCUCGCGUUUGCUACCGACCGAAUCUUUCAGGCCAGAUGCUUCUUCUUCAACACCUAUUCUCGGUUGACUAUCUCCAACUUGGCGAGAGAACAUUCUAUCAAUGGAAGCUUGUCAGGGACGUCUUUGGGCAAGAAGGCCUUGAUGGCAAGUAUUGAGUCAGUAGGAUUGGCAAACAUGGGGAACCUAUACAGCUCACCGGGCCUUCUCAAUUCUGCGAGAAUUAAAUAUAGUCUGGCUCUGAAUCAGAUCAAUGCAGCUCUUGGUGAUCCGAUACAAGCAAGACAAGAUACAACACUCGCUGCUAUUAUCUGCAUCUCAUUCUACGAAGUAAGUUGCAGUUCCGGUUUCUGA